CUCCUGGCCUUCCUCCUCCUCCUCCUCCUCCUCCUUGCCCGGGGCGCAGCCUUUAUAGUCGCCCAGCAGAGCCUGCUUUCGGCCGCGCUCCUUUCCGGGACAACUUCCCCCUCCUCCAGAAGGAUCGCGUUGCCAGCGCGAUCAUGGCCGGGCGGGCUCCCUUCCUCCUCCUCCUCCUCCUGCCGCUCCUCCUGGGGAGCUCCCUCGGCGCCGGCCUCCACUUCCAGGAAGGGCAGAGCUGCUACAAGCCGCUGCCGCGGAAACACGCCGGGCUUCGAACCUACCCUCGUCCUCAUGAAUAUCUGGAUGUAUCUGCCUUGCCCAAGAGCUGGGACUGGAGAAAUAUAGAUGGGGUCAAUUAUGCAAGUACCACACGCAACCAACACAUCCCUCAAUACUGUGGGUCCUGCUGGGCCCAUGGCAGCACCAGCGCCCUAGCAGAUCGCAUCAAUAUUAAGAAGAAAGGUGCCUGGCCCUCGGCUUAUCUCUCGGUUCAGAAUGUUAUUGACUGUGCUGAUGCUGGAUCCUGUGAAGGAGGAGAUGACUUUGGUGUGUGGCAGUAUGCGCACGAGCAUGGCAUUCCAGAUGAGACCUGCAACAACUACCAGGCUAAAGACCAAGCCUGUCAGAAGUUUAACCAGUGUGGAACAUGUGUUACUUUUGGAAAAUGCCACACGAUAAAGAAUUACACCCUCUGGAAAGUUGCAGAUUUUGGAAACGUCAGUGGGCGAGAAAAAAUGAUGGCAGAAAUCUAUGAAAAUGGACCAAUCAGUUGCGGGAUCAUGGCCACUCCAAAGCUGGAUGAAUACACCGGAGGACUUUAUGCAGAAUACAACCCUUCUCCAGCCGUGAACCACAUAGUCUCCGUCGCUGGCUGGGGAGUAGAAGACGGGAACGAGUACUGGAUCGUUCGGAACUCCUGGGGUGAACCAUGGGGUGAGCGAGGUUGGCUUAGGAUUGUGACCAGCACUUACAAAGGGGGAAAAGGAAAGGACUACAAUCUUGCUAUUGAAGAUCAGUGUACUUAUGGGGACCCCAUUGUUUCUUGAGUCUGCACUGGCUUCUGUUUGGGGGAAAAAAGACUAUUCCAGCUACUUAACUUCCUAUUUUCAAGGGGAUGCAUUGAUUUUAUGCUGCAUCUGUUAAUCAGGGACUUAUGGAACAAUAAUUCAACUGAUCCUUCGGUCUUUCCUAUGGAGUACUGUAUAUACAUAUCCAAAUGAAUUGCAUCUAUUGGUUGCAGGACAAGAGAACACACAUUUUAAAAAAGAUUUUCUUAUGGAACUCAGUUAAUGAUGAUAAAUUAUUUUGUAGUUUACAAGAGCGGAGAGGGCUUUUUAAAUUUUUGAUAAAGUUUGUACUUCUUAGGAGCAGAGCUCCAGAAUGACUUGAAAUUGAACUUUUAAGUCUGAAAUUGUACUAAAUACAUUGCUCUGUGUGCUGAGUGAAGAUGACAGGCUGAACCUUGGUUGUGUAACUCUGAGAAAACUUUACCAGCAUGGUGAUGUUAUUGCUGCCUUUUUUCUGGAUGGAAAUUUGCUCUUGACAUUUUUACACUGAAUAAAUUUUGUGAAAAUUAAAAUGAUGAUGAGACUAGAUGAAUCUUACAGCAUUGUGGAGACGUGCUAUUCAUGUUUUUGCGGGCUGGCAGAAAUUCACAAAAGUUAAAUUGAGACUCCUGCCCUUCACUCUUUUUAGCUCUCCGUGAACCUGGUCUCGACCAGUGAUGAGACUCACUGGUGAGAAAUAAUAGUAGUAUAAAUCAGAAACAGUUUUUUCCCCCUGAGUCACUAAGAAUUCACUCUUAAUCCCCAUUAGCUUUGGACAUGCAGUCUUUUUCCUAUGACCCAUGUCUGCUUUACAGCUGACUUGGUAUAAAUAAUAAAUUUACUUACAUACUGUG